CAAACCCAGCUCAUAAAUAAGCCAUAACCCCCAAAACAUCCAAACCCACAGCCAUUGAUCUCUCUUCCCCUCUGGGCCUCUGGCUCUGUACUCUGUAGUCGGUUCCCAUCGAAAGAUAUAAUCACACUAGCUAACCUCUCACUCAAGAAUCAUAUCUCCACUAACCAGAAACCCUAAGAUCCCAAAUUGACAAACCACCAUAACCAACAAUCAAACACAAACCCAUUUCAAUUCAGCAAAAACCCUAACAAAAUGGACCCCGAAAUCGCCAAAACCCAAGAAGAGCGCAAGAAAAUGGAACAACAACUUGCCUCUUUAACCUCUUUAACCUUCGAUCGUGACUUGUAUGGUGGAGUCGACCGUAAUGCUUAUGAAACAUCGAUCCCAGCUACCGAUGAUGAAGAACCCGAAGUGGGUCUUAACGAGGUUGCUCAGAAACUCGCUUCUUAUACUGCCCCGAAAUCAGUUCUUAAAGAAAUGCCUCGUGGCGGUGAUGAUAGUGAAGAAGUUAAUGGGUUUAGGAAGCCGUCGAGGAUUAUUGAUCGUGAGGAUGAUUACAGGAGGAGGAGAUUGGAUAGGAUUAUUUCGCCGGAGAGGCACGAUCCUUUUUCUGCCGGGGAGAAAACGCCGGAUCCCAGUGUGAGGACUUAUUCGGAUAUCAUGAAGGAAGAGUCUUUGAAAAGGCAAAAGGAGGAACUUCUAAGGGAAAUUGCCAAGAAAAAAAAGGAAGAAGAGGAAGCGAGGGCUGAGAAAGGUGACAAGGGUGAAAAGGAGUCGAAUUCGAUGGCUAAGAGGAGGAACAGGUGGGACCAAUCGAUGGAGGAUGGUGGAAAUGCAGCUAAGAAGGCGAAGACGGGUUCGGAUUGGGAUUUACCUGAUGCUACACCGGGGAUUGGGAGGUGGGAUGCGACACCUACUCCAGGGAGGAUAGGGGAUGCUACGCCAGGUGCUGGGAGGAAGAAUAGGUGGGAUGAGACUCCUACACCGGGGAGAGUGGCUGAUUCAGAUGCCACUCCUGCGGGUGGGGUUACACCAGGGGCGACUCCUGCUGGUGUUACUUGGGAUUCUACUCCCAAAGGAAUGGUUACACCUACACCAAAAAGGCAAAAGUCUCGUUGGGAUGAGACUCCAGCUAGUAUGGAGAGUGCAACUCCUGCUCUUGGGGGGGUUACUCCUAGUCUUGGUGGUGCGACUCCUGGACCUACUCCUCUUGGUGCAAUUGAUAUGGCUACUCCAACUCCUAAUGCACUUGCCAUGCGUGGGGCUAUAACUCCUGAGCAAUAUAACUUGCUGAGAUGGGAGAAGGAUAUUGAGGAGAGGAAUAGGCCAUUGACCGAUGAGGAGUUGGAUGCUAUGUUUCCUCAAGAAGGGUACAAGAUUUUGGAGCCGCCGGCUUCUUAUGUGCCUAUCAGGACACCGGCUAGGAAGUUGUUGGCUACCCCGACACCAAUGGGGACUCCUCUUUAUUCUAUUCCUGAUGAGAACAGAGGCCAACAGUUUGACCUGGGGCAGGAGCCUCCUGCUGGGUUGCCAUUUAUGAAACCUGAGGAUUAUCAAUAUUUUGGGGCUUUGCUGAACGAGGAAGACGAGGAGGAGUUGUCACCAGAGGAGCAGAAAGAGAGGAAGAUUAUGAAACUGCUACUUAAAGUGAAAAAUGGGACACCUCCACAGAGGAAGACUGCUUUAAGGCAAUUGACUGAUAAGGCUAGAGAGUUUGGCGCUGGGCCAUUGUUUAACAGAAUUUUACCGCUGCUUAUGCAGCCUACCUUGGAGGAUCAGGAGAGGCAUCUUCUGGUUAAGGUAAUUGAUAGGGUUUUGUAUAAAUUGGAUGAGUUGGUUAGGCCCUAUGUUCAUAAGAUUCUUGUUGUUAUUGAACCACUCUUGAUUGAUGAGGAUUAUUAUGCCCGUGUGGAAGGGAGAGAGAUUAUUUCUAAUUUGAGUAAAGCAGCCGGUUUGGCCACCAUGAUUGCUGCUAUGCGUCCUGAUAUUGAUAAUAUUGAUGAGUAUGUUAGGAACACAACUGCAAGAGCUUUCAGUGUUGUAGCUUCUGCUCUCGGGAUUCCUGCACUGUUGCCCUUCUUGAAAGCUGUGUGCCAGAGUAAGAAAUCUUGGCAAGCUCGCCACACUGGAAUCAAAAUUGUUCAACAGAUUGCUAUUUUGAUUGGCUGUGCUGUUCUUCCCCAUUUGCGAUCCCUUGUGGAAAUCAUAGAGCAUGGUCUGAAUGAUGAGAAUCAGAAGGUGAGGACAAUCACUGCCUUGUCCUUGGCUGCUCUUGCUGAGGCUUCUGCCCCAUAUGGUAUUGAAAGCUUUGACUCUGUUCUGAAGCCAUUGUGGAAGGGAAUUAGGUCACACCGUGGCAAGGUCUUGGCUGCCUUCUUGAAAGCAAUUGGUUUUAUUAUUCCUCUCAUGGAUGCUAUGUAUGCCAAUUACUACACCAAGGAAGUCAUGUUUAUUCUGAUACGUGAGUUUCAAUCACCUGAUGAAGAAAUGAAGAAGAUUGUGUUGAAGGUGGUUAAGCAAUGUGUGAGUACAGAGGGUGUGGAAGCUGAAUAUAUACGUUCUGAUAUUCUACCUGAGUUCUUUAAGAACUUCUGGGUUAGAAGAAUGGCCUUGGAUAGGAGAAAUUACAGGCAACUUGUAGAAACGACUGUUGAGAUUGCUAACAAGGUUGGUGUUAAAGAUAUUGUUGGCAGAAUUGUUGAGGAUCUGAAAGAUGAGAGUGAACCUUACAGGCGUAUGGUCAUGGAAACAAUUGAGAAGGUUGUGACGAACAUGGGUUCAUCUGAUAUCGAUGCUAGGUUGGAAGAGCUUUUGAUUGAUGGUAUUCUCUAUGCUUUCCAAGAGCAGACCAGUGAUGAUGCUAAUGUGAUGCUUAAUGGGUUUGGUGCGGUUGUCAAUUCUCUUGGACAGAGGGUGAAACCUUACCUUCCCCAGAUUUGUGGAACCAUUAAGUGGCGCUUGAACAACAAGAGUGCUAAAGUGAGACAGCAAGCUGCUGAUCUUAUAUCUAGAAUUGCUGUUGUCAUGAAGCAGUGCCAGGAAGAACAACUGAUGGGCCAUCUUGGUGUAGUGUUGUACGAGUAUUUGGGAGAAGAAUACCCUGAAGUUCUUGGAUCGAUUCUAGGAGCUCUCAAAGCAAUUGUCAAUGUCAUUGGUAUGACCAAAAUGACUCCUCCUAUUAAGGACUUGCUUCCAAGAUUAACACCAAUUCUGAAGAAUAGGCAUGAGAAAGUCCAGGAAAACUGUAUUGAUCUUGUUGGUCGUAUUGCUGAUCGUGGAGCUGAGUUUGUUCCUGCCAGGGAGUGGAUGAGGAUUUGUUUUGAGCUUCUUGAGAUGCUUAAGGCCCACAAAAAGGGUAUUCGGCGUGCUACUGUUAACACUUUUGGUUACAUUGCUAAGGCCAUUGGGCCUCAGGAUGUUUUGGCUACAUUAUUAAAUAACCUUAAGGUCCAGGAGCGCCAAAACCGUGUUUGCACAACUGUUGCAAUUGCUAUAGUUGCAGAAACCUGUUCACCUUUUACAGUCUUGCCUGCCUUGAUGAACGAAUAUCGUGUCCCAGAGCUUAAUGUGCAGAAUGGUGUCUUGAAAUCCCUCUCCUUCCUGUUUGAGUACAUUGGCGAAAUGGGUAAAGACUAUAUCUAUGCAGUGACUCCAUUACUUGAGGAUGCCCUCAUGGACAGAGAUCUAGUUCACAGGCAGACUGCAGCUUCCGCUGUUAAGCAUAUGGCUUUGGGUGUGGCUGGUUUGGGUUGCGAGGAUGCAUUGGUCCACUUGCUUAACUAUGUUUGGCCCAACAUUUUUGAGACGUCCCCUCAUGUGAUAAAUGCUGUCAUGGAAGCCAUUGAAGGAAUGAGGGUGGCCUUAGGCGCUGCUGUUGUGUUGAAUUACUGUCUCCAGGGACUGUUCCAUCCUGCCCGGAAGGUCAGGGAAGUAUACUGGAAGAUCUACAAUUCUCUGUAUAUUGGAUCUCAGGAUGCCCUUGUGGCAGCUUAUCCUAUACUGGACGAUGAGCAGAAUAACAUAUAUAGUAGACCCGAGUUGAUGAUGUUUGUUUAAACUGCAGUUUAUUUGUAGUCAGAGAGUAUCAAGGGAUCCAUCUAGAACACGUGUUAAGCCUUUUGUUUUUCUAUUUAGUCGCUGUAGUUUGACUAGUAUCCAUAUGCUCUGCUUUGGAUUUCUAGCUUGUUUUCAUAUUGAUCAUUUAUGUGUAGUAAUGCUAUGAAAUAAAAGCCUUGUUUUCUUGA